GUACAAGCUUUGGAGGAGCAUUUGAAGGCAGCAUGGGACAAACGAGGGGAAAAAGAGGAAGAUAUCCACGUAGUCUGUGUUGCAUCGCAGUAGUCAAGCUGUGUGAUGUCCUCAAUGUGUACGUUAAUUUAAACAAACGCUGCUUUCAGUUAAGUGGUUAACGGUACUCAUUGUGGCGGGGUAAGGCGGGAUAACCCACAUUGGCCCUGUUUGCUGAAAGGGAGAGGACUAAAAUGGAGCUGGAAGACGGAGAUGUGUACCAGGACGACCCGGGGACAUCAGCGAUGAUGUCUGAGCGCGUGUCGGGCCUGGCCAACUCCAUCUACCGCGAGUUCGAGAGGCUCAUCGGUAAAUACGACGAGGAUGUGGUGAAGGAGCUGAUGCCGCUGGUCGUGGCCGUGCUGGAGAACCUGGACUCGGUGUUCGCGGAGAACCAGGAGCACGAAGUGGAGCUGGAGCUACUGAAGGAGGACAACGAGCAGCUCAUCACCCAGUACGAGCGGGAGAAGGCGCUGAGGAAACACGCAGAGGAGAAGUUCAUUGAGUUUGAGGACACUCAUGAACAGGACAAGAAGGACCUGCAGAACCAUGUGGACCGAAUGGAGUCCCACUCCCGGCAACUGGAACUCAAGAUCAAGAACUACGCUGACCAGAUUGGCAGGUUAGAAGAACGAGAGCUGGAGCUGAAGAAGGAGUACAACUCCCUCCAUCAGCGACACACAGAGAUGAUCCAUAAUUAUAUGGAGCAUGUAGAGAGGAUCAAAAUGCAGCAGAUUAGUGAGACUUCAGAGUUGAGCGCCGUCGGCCGAGUCAGGAGAGAGCGGCCUCUGUCUUUGGGAAUUUUCCCUUCAUCUGCUGGUGUGUCUCUGCUGAUCCCAGACCCUCAGGCCAGAGCCGAGACACUGGGCUCAGAGGGUUGGAGGUUCCCUGACCCGACACAGCCUGGCUCCAACACCAGUCUCAAGUUGGACUUUGCCGACCCCCCAUUGGAAAAGGGGGGUAAGAGUGCGCAGGACUCUACUUGGGUGAAUUCACUGGCAGAUGACUGCAAGGAGGAGUUGUCGAACUCGAGUGGCUCCAAGUCCACAACCACCUCGGCCAUGGAGAGGGAGGAUGGGAACAGUAAGAGCACUGAGGUGCAGGCUGCACCAGGGACCAGAUCCAUAUCAGUGGGCUUACCUGAAAAUGAGGACAGCUCGGAUGUGCAGGACAUUAUUGAGUCGACCCCUGAGCUGGACAUGGAUCUCAUUGGCUACAAGCCCUGCAGUACUCCUACCAAAGGCAUCGAAAACAUGGCAUUUGACCGCAACACAGACUCCCUGUUUGAGGAGCUGUCGUCUGCAGGCACUGGGCUCAUAGGGGAUGUGGAUGAAGGGGCCGACCUGCUGGUGGAGUACUCCGACCUUAGUUUGAUUGGUAUGGGCCGUGAAGUUGAAAAUCUUAUUCAGGAGAAUUCACAACUUCUUGAGACAAAGAACGCCCUGAACGUUGUGAAUAAAGACUUGAUACUGAAGGUGGACGAGUUGACCUGUGAAAAGGAAAUGUUGCAGGGCGAGCUGGAGGCCCUGCUGCAGGCCAAGGCCAAGCUGGACGACAAGAACAGAGAGCUGGAGGAGGAACUCAAAAAAGUGCGACUGGAGAUGGAGGAUGUAAAACAGAAAACUAAAGAUGAAGAAGAUAGUGAUGUCCCCACAGCCCAGAGGAAACGUUUCACCAGAGUGGAGAUGGCCAGAGUCCUGAUGGAAAGAAACCAGUACAAGGAGAGACUGAUGGAGCUACAGGAAGCUGUGCGGUGGACGGAGAUGAUCAGGGCCUCGAGAGAAAAUCCAACACUCACGGAAAAAAAGAAAUCCAGCAUCUGGCAGUUCUUCAGCAGACUGUUUAGCUCAUCCUCCAGUGUCCCUGCUAUAAAGAAGGUGGAGUCCCAGUCCAACGUGAAAUACAAUGCCUCAAGCAGCCUGGUGAAGAGGAGCAGCACCUUCUCCCAGUUCCCCACAGAGAAGUCCAAGACCUUCGACUUCCUCACUGAAGAAAAGGACCAGUGCAGUUCCCCAUCACGUAAAGAGCAGAAGAGAGCCCAGUACAGACAAGUCAAGGCCCACAUGCAGAAAGAGGAUGGACGAGUCACUGCGCACGGCUGGAGCCUACCCAGCAAAUACAAGGUGGCUAAUGGUGGACAGGUGGAGAACAAAAUAAACUUACCUGUACCAGUUUACUUGAGACCUCUGGAUCAGACAGAUGCUUCUAUGAAGAUGUGGUGUGCUGCAGGGGUCAACCUGUCAGGGGGCAGGACAUCAGAGCUCACAAAGCAGACGAAGGGCUCUCAGAGCAGCCUGGACCAAAUGGAGCAGGAGAAUAAGGAUCCGGAAAAAGGGGAACAGGAGAAGGAGCUGAUCCUUCAGGACAGUAUGUCCGGUAGGGUAUGGGUGUGCACCAGCACCCACUCUUCCACCAAGGUUAUGGUGCUGGACGCCACUCAGCCCUCUGACCUGCUUGACAACUUCUAUGCCUGUAACACCCAUGUUGUCUGCAUUGCCAGUGUGCCAGGUGUGUUGGAGACUGAUUAUCCAGCAGGUGAAGAGGUACCCCAGGACCCGGAGGCUAGCCAAGGUGAUGGGGUGUCACUAGCGGGCAGUGUGGCCAGUGUAGGCUCAACAGGCAGCGAUGGUGCCAUGGCAGCAGAGGGGGCCACCGCCAUCCCCCAGACAGCCAGCUCAGGUGUCACUGACCAGCCAACUGAGCAUAGCGCCAUCCCUGGCUCAGUCGAGCUGUCCAGAGAGAGCAGUCCAGCAGAGGACGGAGUUCCUACAGCAGAAGAGGCAACAGAAGCGACGGAGGCUAAUGCAGGUGUGGGUGAAGAAGGAGAGGACGACCAGGGACCGGAUCAGAACCAACCAGGGAUCUACACAGAACAUGUGUUCACUGACCCACUGGGGGUGGGACCUACUGACCCCACUCCUGCUGACACACACAGGGGUUCCGGGCAGGUUGGAUUGACUUCCGUGCCAGAAGACUCAGAUGCUUCUGAGGGAGAAGUCCAGAGGAUGAGCAGCGCUCUCCCCACCAUGUGGCUGGGAGCUCAGAACGGGUGUCUCUAUGUCCACUCGUCUGUGGCUCGAUGGAGGAAGUGUCUGCAUGCUAUCAAACUGAAAGACUCCAUCCUCAGCAUAGUGCAUGUUAAGGGGAGAGUCCUGGUAGCGUUGGCUGAUGGGACAUUAGCAAUCUUCCACAGAGGCAUCGACGGUCAGUGGGACCUCACCAACUACCACCUGCUGGAUCUAGGCCGGCCUCACCACUCCAUCCGCUGUAUGACAGUAGUCCACGACAAGGUGUGGUGCGGUUACAGGAACAAGAUCUACGUCAUCCAGCCCAAGGCCAUGAGGAUAGAGAAGUCAUUUGACGCUCAUCCUCGAAAGGAGAGCCAGGUGCGGCAGCUGGCCUGGGUUGGAGAUGGUAUCUGGGUGUCCAUCCGACUAGAUUCAACCCUCCGCUUGUUUCAUGCCCACACCUACCAGCACCUCCAGGACGUGGACAUCGAGCCCUACGUCAGCAAGAUGCUGGGUACAGGUAAACUGGGUUUCUCUUUUGUAAGAAUCACAGCUCUCCUGGUGUCCUGUGGCCGCCUGUGGGUGGGGACAGGAAACGGUGUCAUCAUCUCCAUCCCGCUGUCUGAAGCCAAUAAGACAAUGGGAGCGGUGCCAAAUCGGCCCGGCAGUGCCAUACGGGUCUACAGUGAUGACGGUUUAGACGGUGCCAUGCCAGACAGCUUCGUGCCAUACUGCUCCAUGGCCCACGCCCAGCUGUGUUUCCACGGACAUCGAGAUGCGGUCAAGUUCUUUGUCACUGUGCCAGGUCAGGUGAUGCCACCUCCAGGCAGUGCUGACUCAGGCUCCGAUGACCCCGCAUCUGAAUCCUCGGACACUGCGACCUCUGAGCCCAGAACAUACCUAGUCAUGAGUGGAGGUGAAGGCUACAUUGACUUCAGAAUGGGUGACGAAGGCGGCGUGUUGGACGGUUUAUCGGAGCUGACGGCCAGCCAGCAGUCUGCACCCACCAAGGCUGAGCGGAACCAUCUCAUCGUUUGGCAGGUCACAACUUCUCAUGAUUGAAUAAAAUCACAGACUGCUGUGUUAGCGCCAGCGUCACCCUCCGACUCCCGCAUGCCCUCCUCCUCUAAGUUUUUUAUUUGAUAUUCCCGAUUGUUCUUAAUGCCCGAGGAGAUGACUUGUUUUCUAAAAAAAAAAAAA